AUGAGGACCCUCAUCCUCCUUGCUGCCAUUCUCCUGGCAGCCCUGCACGCCCAGGCUGAGCUCUUCUCAGUAAAUGUUGAUGAGGUUCUAGACCAACAGCAGCCAGGGUCAGACCAGGACCUCGUCAUCCACUUUACAGGGGAGGAAAGCUCUGCUCUUCAAGUUCCAGAUAUAAAGGGCAUCUGUGCUUGCAGAAGAUACCAUUGUCCGAAUUUUGAACGCUUUUCGGGGUACUGCAGAGUUAAUGGAGUCCGCUAUAGACGCUGCUGCAGCAGAAGAUGA